GGGGCUUUUGUCUCUCUUGUCUGUGAACCAUCUACUACACUACAACCAUCCCUUACUGGAAGAGGCACAGUGACAGACAGGGUUAGCUACAGACCAGCCGCCUGCCUCACACAGCUAGAGUACAAUACCAAACCAGCAUACCUGAAAGAAGACAUCUCCCAACCAAACUUUGAACAGACUUCAGCACUAUAGUGAGGUCGCAGGACUGGGAGUGAAGAUGAUUUUAACUACUAUAUUGAUGGUGUCUCUCUAUGGGCUCUCUCUGGCCCAAGGGGAAGGAAUGGAAAGGAUCCAGGAAUGUAAAACCAGAUGCUCCAAGGGCCUCCAUUGCAAAAGUAAAACCCACUAUUCCUUUGCCCCAUGCAGGACCCAGAAAGCAGGCCUCAACACCAGUGUUCUCUUCCACAACGUCAGCCUGUCCACAGUGAUGAGGUGUGAGGGGAAACAGAAGUGCUCUCUUCACUUUCGAGUUCACACUGCUCUUCAGCUCAGUGAGCACAUCCAUGGCGUCUCCAUAUGCACUGUCACCGCAGGGAUGAUGUUGGAAAUCUGUAGGCUCGUCAGCUUCCCCAGAGUAGCCAGAGAGAGACUGGAGGGACAGCAGUUGGAGGUUCAGAAUGACUGCUCUGAGGUGUGGCCAGGUCAAUACGUUCACGUCACUCUAAAGACAAAUCCAAGCUACUGUGGAGUCACCUGGACAAGCACUUACCAAGUCCCAGAAUGUAGCAGCAGAGAUCUUCGGAGUAACAUUCCAGAAUGCAUCACUGGGAGGCUAGCGUACACUGUGGACUCAGACAGAAAGGAGCUGGCUGUGUCUGUCUCAGACAUGUUGGAGGAUAAAGACUAUCACCUGAGACUGUGUCACAGAAAAGACUACACCUGUAGAGACACAGGGGCCAACGCACUGAUCAGAAAGGAGGAUGUGCUGAAGAAUACUACUCUGCAGUAUUCUACACCGUUGCCCUGUCUCUGCAUCGAGGGCUGGUGCCACUCUGAUGCACCCAGAGUUCAAGUCUUUCCCUUCAGAGACAAUCUGGAGGAGUUGUGGUCCGGCAUUAACUUUGACCCGGUGGAGGAGUUGCUGUCAUGGGAACCGGUGUGUCCUGUUGUUGCGGUGAUCUCACUGUGCCAAAAACAAGGGGACGAUGAGUGUGACGAUCUGGCUGGUUCAUCACAGACCCUCAACAGGGAGAAGGUAACAUUCUCCAAGGUGGAUCCACACCCACAGCUUUGCAUGAAGUUUACCACAGAUUCUGGAUCCUGGAUCCGGUGCCCCUUUGCAGAUGGGAGUUUCCAAGCUUGGGACCUGGGUGUCGACCAGCUGGGGCUGGUUUUAACGUCACGGGUCAGAGCACCCCUCUCUCUUCAUGUGUGUGUGAAGACGGGGACCUCUGCAUGCCACCCAGAACACACACUCCCUGUAGAUGUGGAGAAAUCUGCUAAUCUCAACCUGACUGUGGACGUAUGCCUACCAAACACCUGUGUCCAGGUGAAGAGGCUUAACGUAAAGUAUGCUGUCACCAUCCUUCAUUGCCAUAUACGAUGCUUGGACCUAGCUGAUGCCCGUGCCCGUGCCCCUGCAAUGGUUGGGCAAACUCCGGCCUUGCAAGGCUACUUGGAGCUGAUCUGGGUAGUGGUGCCAGCUGUGGCCUGUCUCACUGCUGCUGUCAUAGUGGCAGCUCUAGUCAUCAAAGCCCUAAUAACUGUUCACCAGAGGAGGCACAGAAAAGGACGGCAUGGGGUCUGUACAUUGAAACAACAAACAGAAUCUCAUGCUGUUGCUGUUGACCGCACCACCCCAGGACUCCAAGACCAGACUACUCUCCAUAAAGAGAUGCCCAUACCUUACACUCUUCCGUUUGAAAAUUGCGAAAGGGCUAACUUACUGCAGUUUUAAUUUAGUCUUAGAUUUAGUCUUAAAUUAGAUUUUAGCUUCGUUACAUUUUUGUCAUUUAAUCUUUCGUUAAUUUUUGUAAUUUUCAGUCGACAAAAACCCGAAACAAUUUCAGUCUAGUUUUAGUCACAUUUUAGUCUGCACAUUUCUUUUCUACAUUUAAAUAACUCAUAUUUACCUCUUACUUGCAUCAUGUGCACACUUAGCUCUGAAAAGCCCUUCUCUGUAGGAUAUUCAGCGGUUAACUUCGGUCACGACUGGCUCCAUGGGAACUACAAUCUUAGCUCUGUGUUUUAGCGUUUAGAAACGUCAAUAACCAUCAGAUGCAAAAUGGUAUCUGAGAGAAUGAAUCUUUCAAAUAAAAAAAGAUACACUUACUUACCCAGAUUUUCACAGAUCCAUAAGCUGUGUGUCUCCAGCCGGCAAACUACACUUCCGCUACACUUCCUCCCCAGUUAUUCUUACACACAAGUGUUUGGAGCAUGCUAGAUAGCUAAUGAGCACAGAUGUCUUCCGUAAAACAAUUGCUGUAACUUUGAGAUAUGGCCGUGUGGGAGCACCAAUCUUAACCCUAUAAAGGUGUAGUAAUUUAACCUUCACUUUAAAAAAAAAUCUCACUGAUAUGAAAGAUUCCUCAUGUUUCUAAAACAUUACCGCAAGCGAUGCGUGUUAACGUUCAGAGCGAACGUCGGGUCCCCAGGAAAAAUGUAGAUCCGAUUUUCUCCACAUAAUAACCAUCAGAGUUGGUUAAAUAACAAUGCUUUCCUUCAAAAUAGGAGAAUAUGAGCUUUCCCACAAUGCCAGAAGAUUACUAUACUUACUAUAUUACUAUACUCCUCAUAUUCAGCAAAAAUCAUUCGUUUUCCCAAUUGGAAAAAGCAACUGCACCUCGCUAUUGCCAACACAGAUUAAUAAAAGCGCACAUGGCACAAUAGAGCUUCUGAUGUGAUCAGAGCAAAAAUGACCAAAAUGAAAGCAGAGAUUUAAAAUACAUUAUUGUUUCUAAUUGAGGUUAGUUUGUUACAAUUUAAGUAUCCUGUCUGCGCAUCAGCUCAAAAGAGAGACCGAGAUUAGUGAUUAAAGUGACUGGGAGCUGUGUUUGUGGGAGAGCCAGAUCAAUACAACCAGCCCAUGCAACAGAAAGAUGUUAUCGGCUAAUGAGAGGAUUGCAUUAUAUAUUCUGCACAGGGAUGCAUGCUUAUAAUUGGACAAAACAGAUUUAAAGGAGUUUCAUGUGAAAUUGAAUGUCCAUUUGUCUCACGUGGAAUUCUCGCCUCGUUACAUUUUACAAUUAAAAGUAAUUGGUAAUAGUUAUAGUUUUUUUCCAGAGCAUUUAAUCUCAUCAUUAGUUUCAUCAGGAAAAAUAGGUUGUUGACUACAGAGAGCUCAAACACGAGAUGGCUCAAACACGAGAUGUAUGUGGCAGGGUCUACAGUCAAUCAUGGAUUUCAAAAAGAAAACCAGCCCCGUCAUGAACAUCAACAUCUUGCUCCCAGACAAAUUAAACAACUUCUUUGCUCGCUUUGAGGACAAUACAGUGCCACUGACACGGCCCGCUAGCAAAGCCUGUGGACCCCCCUCCAUUGUGGCCAACUUGAGUAAAACAUUUAAGCGUGAUAGCCCUCGCAAGACUGCCGGCCCAGACGGCAUCCCUAGCCGCAUCCUUACUGACAUAUUCAAUCAAUCCCUAUCCCAGUCUGCUGUUCCCACAUGCUUCAAGAUGGCCACCAUUGUUCCUGUUCACAAGAAAACUAAGGUAACUGAACUAAAUGACUAUCGCCCCGUAGCACUCACUUCUGUCAUCAUGAAGUGCUUUGAGAGACUAGUCAAUGAUCAUAUCACCUCCACCCUACCUGAUACCCUAGUCCCACUCCAAUUUGCUUACCGCCCCAAUAGGUCCACAAACGACGCAAUCUCACACUGCACACUGCCCUAUCCCAUCUGGACAAGAGGAAUGCCUAUGUAAAAAUGUUUUUCAUUGACUACAGCUCAGCAUUUAACACCCUAGUACCCUUCAAACUCGUCAUUAAGCUCGAGAUCCUGGGUCUUGACUCCGCCCUGUGCAACUGGAUCCUGGACUUUGACGGGCCGCCCACAGGUGGUGAGGGUAGGAAACAACAUCACCAUCCUGCCGAUCCUUAACACUGGGGCCCCACAAGGGUGCGUUCUCAGCCCUCUCCUGUACUCCCUGUUCACCCAUGACUGCAUGGCCAUGCAUGCCUCCAACUCAAUCAUCAGCAGACGACACUACAGUGUUAGUCUUGAUUACCAACAACGACAAGACGGCCGACAACGAGGAGGUGAGGGCCUUCGGAGUGUGGUGUCAGGAAAAUAACCUUUCACUCAACGUCAACAAAACAAAGGAGAUGAUCGUGAACUUAAGGAAACAGCAGAGGGAAGAGCCCCCUAUCCAUAUCGACGGGACAGUAGUGGAGAAGGUGGAAAGUUUUAUGUUACUCAGCGUACACAUCAUGGACAAACUGAAAUGGUCCACCCACACAGACAGCGUGGUGAAGAAGACGUAACAGCGUCUCUUCAACCUCAGGAGCCUGAAGAAAUUCGUCUUGUCACCUAAAACACUCACAAACUUUUACAGAUGCACAAUCGAGAGCAUCCUGUCUGGCUGUAUCACCGCCAGGUACGAAAACUGCUCCGCCCACAACCGCAAGGCUCUUCAGAGGGUAGUGUGGUCUGCACAAUGCAUCACCGGGGGCAAUAUACCUGCCCUCCAGGACACCUACAGCACACGAUGUCACAGGAAGGCCAAAAAGAUCCUCAAGGACAACAACCAUCAGAGCCACUGCCGGUUCACCCCGCUAUCAUCCAGAAGGCGAGGUCAGUACAGGUGCAUCAGCUGGGACCGAGAGACUGAAAAACAGCUUCUAUCUCAAGGCCAUCAGACUGUUAAACAGCCAUCACUAACAUAGAGUGGCUGCUGCCAACAUAGAGACUCAAAUCUCUGGCCACUUGAAUACAUUUAAUAAUGGAUUUAAUAAUGGUAUCACUCUUCACUUUACAAAUAGUCACUUUAAUAAUGUCUACAUAUCCUACAUUACCGGUACUCAUCUCAUAUGUAAAUACUGUAUUCUAUACCAUCUACUGCAUCGUGCCUAUGCCACAUGGCCAUUGGUCAUCCAUAUAUUUACAUGUACUUUUUCUUAUUCAUCCCUUUACAUUAGUGUGUAUAAGGUAGUCAUUGUGAAUUUGUCAUAUUACUUGUUAGAUAUUACUGCACUGUCGGAACUAGAAGCACAAGCACUUCACUACACUUGCUAACCAUGUGUAUGUGACCAAUAACAUUUUAUUUGGUUUGAUUAGUCCGCUAAACCAAAGUCUGGUUCCCCAAGCUACAUUGCCUAAGCUUCGCCUUAGCAGGCUAAAAUGUUAUUUUUGUUUAUACAAGACACCAGGUUUGAACCCCAUCGUUAACAGAGCGCCUGACAUGUCAAAAAUGUACAACUGCAGGUGGUGUUGUGUUUCUUUCCUGGUCCAAACCUCCAAGGAGCAAUUUGCAUACAGAUUGAAAAUGAAGAAAGAAAAGACAAUAGAACAUGGGCAGUUGUAACAUUUCUACAUUUCUACAUUGCAUUGACCAUUUUCUGUUAAUCAUUUUAGAAUUUCUGUUUACCGUUUCCAAUUUUCAAUCAACCAUUUUCAAUUUUCAUUUUAACAUUGCAAUUUUAUCGUGACAUGAAUCACGUGCAUCUACAUGAAAAUAUAAAUGCAUUUAUCAUUUUUGCGUAUCAAUUGAGCAUCUAAGCAUUGCAUUCUCGAAUUGAUCACCCUAGUAAUUAGUUGUUGACAAAAUUAACACUGACUUACUGACAUAAUUCACAGGCUGAACAUUGCACUUAGGCCUAAGCCUAAAUAGAUAGACUUGUUACAAGAAGCCAAUAAAAAGUUAUAAAGCUAAAAUAAGUUCUCAGUUUAUUGUGGUGGGACUGCCUACAGGAGUUGACUAUGAUUGACGUUUCAGACGCUUUUGUGUUGUGUGUACAGUAUGUUUUCAUAUAUUUAACUUAAACCUUAUGAGGAAAAAUGUUACUGUAUGUGAUGUAUGUGAUGGUUGUAAUACAUGUUUUGUCAUAUUUAGCAUUUAUAUUCUAGAUAAACUCAUAUUGCUGCCAUUUCUGUGUUUCUGUGCAUUUGAAGAACUGUAAUAAAAGCCCUCCAGCACUAGUUAUUUUAUGCUGUCCUGAGCAAACCUGCCUCAGUGUUAAAUUAAGAAAACCAAUACAUUAUCUUUCUUGCAUAAUUAUUUCUUGGACUUUUAACCUACUCAAUGGAGUCUACCUUGUAAAAAUAAAAAGUCUCAAAACAC